AUGAAGAUAUUUACGCAGAAAUUGAUGUGGAUGAGACGUGGAAGAUAUCAACAUUUUCCACCGCCAUUGAAUCUGGAUAAAGUAAGUCGUUUUCGCUUCUUUGGUCAUAUAUUAAGGAGACCGGCAGAUCGCCUUGUUCAACGAGUUCUGAGGAGUUCGUCGGGUUCGAGCUGGAAGAAGCCACUUGGCCAAAAACGGAAGUUCUGGACUGAGACGGUGAAAGAGGACCUGAGGACACUCGGCGUGGAUAGGCAGUUCAGGCGAGACGUAAGGUUUCGCAGAAUAUGGAAUAGCGACGAAUGGAUUGAUUCUGUGCAAGCUCUCGCAGAAGAUCGAGAAGGUUGGGCAGAGCUGUCUUCAAAAACGGCACACCUCGGCGAAGAUGCGGGUAAUCGCGUCAGGCGAUGA